ACACUCUCUCACUGGUGCUUGGUAUUUGGCUGGGAGAUGGACCUUUUCUGUCAGAGGAACACACAAUGCAGGCGAGGUUGUUAGUUUAUCGACUGUCAAACUGAGCUCCAGAGCAGGAAUGAGGGCGAGGUGACAGUGUCAUCCACAGCAGGAGGAGAGAGAGUGUAGCUUCAUCUGAUCUCCUGAGAAAUGGAGUCUUUCAAGUUGACAUUGUAGAAGAAAGUUAACCUUUCCCCAGACCUUUUAACAAUCACAAUGGAGCGGAGGGCUCUGCUGGAACAGAAACAGAGGAGGAAACGCCAGGAGCCCCUGAUGGUUCAGCCCAACACAGAAGGUCGGCCUCGUCGCUCCCGGACACGGCGCGGCGAGGAGCAGGCCCCUCUGGUGGAGUCUCAGCUCAACAUCACCAGUGAUGUCAUCUUAGAUGGCAUCGAUGGACCAGCAGCAUUCCUGGGAUCGGAAGCCCCUGAUAUGGGAAUGAAGAUCCUGUCAGUGUCCCAGUCUCAAUCGCCCCAGUCUCACCACCAGCCCCAGUCCCAGCCCCAGUCCCAGCCCCAGUCCCCCGCUGCUGAAGAGACAGAGCGGGACGGAGACACAGAGACUCUGCUGGAGCCCAAGAUAGAUCUACAUGAGAUGCUGCAGAAGCAAGGCCUGUGUGGAAGUAUGAACUUUGAUGAAGCCAGCGAUGCGGAGGAGGACGAGGAGGAUGAGCGGACACGGUCCGGGUCCUCUCACACCGACAGGCCGGCCUCGGCGGCCAGCGGGAAGGACGUGUCGGAAUCGAUCAUUCCUGGAUCCCCCUCGAUGGAAGGCUUGUUUGCAGACGCAGCUAAUCCGGAGGAGUUUGUUCUGCGUCCUGCACCUCGAGGUGUCACUGUUAAAUGUCGAAUCACCCGGGACAAGAAGGGCAUGGACCGUGGCCUCUACCCCACAUACUUCAUGCACAUGGAGAGGGAGGAUGGCAAGAGGGUGUUUUUGCUGGCAGGGCGAAAGAGGAAGAAGAGUAAAACAUCCAACUACCUUAUUUCCGUAGACGCCACUGAUCUGUCGCGGGAGGGAGAGAGCUUCAUCGGUAAACUGAGGUCCAAUCUCGUGGGCACCAAAUUCACUGUGUACGACAACGGCACCAAUCCCUGCAAAAACCUGGGGACGCUGCUGGAAGAAAGCAACACCCGGCAGGAGCUGGCCGCCGUCUGCUAUGAAACCAACGUUCUGGGGUUCAAAGGUCCACGCAAAAUGACUGUAAUCAUCCCCGGUAUGAACAUGAACUUUGAACGAGUUCCUGUCAGGCCUCAAAAUGAACAAGAGAGCCUCCUGAGCAGGUGGCAGAAUCACUCGCUGGAAAACCUCAUCGAGUUGCACAACAAGGCCCCCGUGUGGAAUGACGAUACCCAGUCCUAUGUGCUAAAUUUCCACGGACGUGUGACACAAGCGUCGGUGAAAAACUUCCAGAUCGUUCACGACAAUGACCCCGACUACAUCGUCAUGCAGUUUGGCCGAGUGGCCGAAGACAUCUUCACCCUGGACUACAACUACCCCAUGUGCGCUCUGCAAGCUUUCGCCAUCGGCCUGUCGAGCUUCGACAGCAAGUUGGCCUGCGAGUAGAAGCAGGAGCUGCUUGUAAAUCUCAGCUCUCUCGGUUCCUGCAUGGCCCUUUUUCUCCUCCUCAUGCAGUCUUACAGGGUUCCAGUAUGCAUUUUCCCCACCUGUGUGCCGUACACGUUUAAUGCAUUCAAGCGGAAAGGUUCAAAGGGAAAAGCAAAACUCAUAAUCCAUCAGAGCCGGGGGUGUGCGGUCUCAGUAGACACCAAGUGCAAAAGGUUUUCCUGGCAUAUUUAUGACCUUGUUUAAGUGUAUUAAAAUCAGAUUUUCUGUUGCCUUUUACAUUUUAAUUCGCUCUGGAUUUGGAUUCUAUAUAGCUUGAAGCAUAAACCAUUUUGUGUUAAAGUAUUUUUCCUGUGGCGCCAUCUGCUGGAUUAACUAAAGCUUUUUUUUAAAAUGUUUCUGUUUUCCACCAGGUUCAGUUUCACUACAUUUUCAUGCUUUUCUCCAAUUAUAGCUACACUUUAUACACGUCACAGCUCAUUCUUAUAUCUCUUAUUUGUCCCUGUGUGAAAUUCUCAGAGGCAGAUGUUUUUUUUCUUCUAUUUUUCUCUUCUCAUGUAAAUGAAAGAAUAUAUGCAGACUUGCACAUUUUUAAUAGAUAAAAACACAUACUGUAUGUAAAAGAAUAUAAGUUCUGCCAGUGUCUAAAUGGCAGAAAAUAUAUCAUGUCAUUUAAGACAUAAAACUUUUAAAUAAAGGGAUGGAAGUUAAAGAUUAAAACACUAGAGAGCGUUUGUGAUAUUAUGACCAGAUGAAAAUGAACUUUAAAAUCUGUUUUCUCUUUUCUGCAUUCAUAACUGAGGAGUAAGAGCAUUUCUCUUUAACUGCUAAUACUGCAUUUCUUCUGAUUAGUUCCUUUUUUUUGUUUUAAUAAUUUUAUUAAAAAGGGAAGCGUUGUGUAUCAGUGAUGGGCAGUAUCACGACUACACGGAUCUGUCAUCAUUAAAUGUCCUUUAUGUUGUCAGUUCAGUGUAACGUACGUUUCUGUCACAUGUGAAUAUAUCAAAUCUUACAGUAACUAUAUUUUAACGAUUUCACGACUGCUGCUGCUACAGAGCGGUGGUUUUAAGUGCUCGGCAGGGUAUUCAGCUGGAGAUGAUUUUCAGGGACUGAUUUAGCUUACCUCCCAUCUAAAGUUGGAUUUUCCUGCUAAAAUAAGAACAUUCGAUCUGUUACAGUCGCCCUGUACAAACUACCAACACCUGGUUAGGUGUAAAGAUUGAAUUCUGUUACAAAUUUUUCAAAAAUGAGUGUUUGCUAAUAAAAUCCAGUUGUCAUUUUGUACUCUACUAUGAUGAAGUGUGCAAUCUAAUUUCGAAGAAUAACAAAAAAAAAGAUUUAUAGACAUGAAUAUUUUUGAAUAUGCGCUUUUUACUGAGAGGAACGUUUCAGUACAAUCAGGAGCCUGAAGUGAACCAAUAAAAUGAUCAAUCUUUUGUACUUUUUUUGGCUGAUGUGAAUAAGUUCAGUGAAAACAUUAUUUAUGUGAAGAAACAAAUUUGAUUCUGAACACACGUAAGAGGGAAAACUAAGGAGAUCACUUCUGUUGAGUGUAAAACUUGAAAUAACCAAAAUAAAAUCAUCUUCAGAAA